UCAGGGAGCAGGGUGGUAAAACCUCAGGUCCUGAACCAGGCCGUGCCCAGCAGUGGCUCGCUCUACUAUUUCAAUUACCUGGACUCUGCGUACCAGCAGUCGGAGCUGCUGGCCGGCCACUGGCUCUCCAGCCCGCAGGCCCAGGCCUCUCUGUCGGCGCACCACAGACUUUUGUUGCUGGAGAAUGCCAAACUGACCGGUGUGGGCACCGACAAGCUGCCCACACCUCAAUACCCACACAAGGAACAUCUGCCAGGGCAGCUGGACCAGAUAGUGAAGGAGAGCCACGGCCUGACAGCUGAGAAAAGCGGCAUAAAGACACACAGCAAACUCAGCGGCAGCGGCGGUGCGGACGGAAAACCCAAAAAUUUCACCUGCGAAGUGUGUGGAAAGGUUUUUAAUGCGCAUUACAAUCUUACCAGACACAUGCCGGUGCACACGGGGGCCCGGCCCUUCGUAUGUAAGGUGUGCGGUAAAGGAUUCCGGCAGGCCAGCACGCUGUGCAGACACAAGAUCAUCCACACGCAGGAAAAGCCUCACAAAUGCAACCAGUGUGGAAAAGCGUUCAACAGAAGUUCGACGCUCAACACUCACGUCCGGAUCCACGCAGGCUAUAAACCAUUUGUGUGCGAGUUCUGCGGGAAAGGCUUCCACCAGAAAGGUAAAUACUGGGCGCUGGUGUCCUCUUUAAUCAGCUGUAUUAUAUUACUGACUGGAAAUUGUAUCCUGAUUUCCUAUUUUCAACACUGCGGUGAUUCAGAGUGUUUAUGUGCAAACGAACAAAAAGCUUUCUCUUCAGCUCCUGUUAUUAUUCCACGAAUUUAUUUCAUGAAAUCUGCUGCCGUGCAGCCGAGUCAUUAUUUUGCUGGGUUGAGCAGUCAGCUUUUAGAAAUCCACAACUCGGUGGAGAACUUCCUCAAUAAGAGGAGACGUGAUUGAAAUAAUUGCUACUGAUGGACUCUUUAAUUGUGCUGGAUGCUGUUUAACAUCACAUUGUUUAGAAUAGAAUAAAAUAAUCAUUUAUUGUCAUCUACAACGAAAUUGUGGCUUCUCAACUUGACUACUGACGAAAAAUAUAAAUACGAAAAAUACAUUUUAUUUUAUUUUAUUGUUUUUGUUAAGCUGGACCUGAGAUUUGGAGCAUAAAUGCACUAAUAAUUUUAUAGCAUUAUGCACGAAGAUUCCGAUUAUUUUGCCCGCUCAAUAUUGCGGAAGAUCGCAGCCGAGCAGAGCUCUUUAUGCAGACUCGCUGGAGUUCGUGUGGCGAAAUCGGCGCUCAUCCUCAACAUUUGGCGCUGCCGAAAUAAAUAACAUCUGCGGUAAAAGCAGAACAAGCUUAUAUUUGAAGUAGUCAAAGGGGAAAUAACUGUGGGCUCACCGAUGAGCACGAAUCGGUGGGUGGAGAUGAGACUUGUCACUUUACACGGACUAAUUCUACCUUCGAGACUGUCGCAUUUUCCCCGGGUCAUUAGUCAGACCC